AGCACUUGAUAAAGUACCCUGUGAGCAGUGGUAGUUGACACUUAAUUGAGGGCCCCAGGCACAUCCUAAGUGGUUUGUGGUUUAUCUUCACAAUAACCCUAUCAACAGCUGCUAUUAUUAUCCCUGCUUUACAUACGAGCCAAGCUUUUGAGGCUGCAGCUUGUUGUGUCUUUGUCCUGGAGGCUGGAGAUUGAGUUCAAGGUCAGGGUCUCAAUCUUGAUCACCCCACUCCAGAGCUCAAGCUUUUAAUCACUUACUCUGCUGCUUGCUUUCCCCAUUCAACAGAUUAGGAAACAGGUCCAGAGGGGUUACGAGGUUGCCCAAGUCCAAGUCCACAGGGGCGGUGAGAGACAGAGAACUCAGCUGUCUUCAGAGCUGGAUCUGAUUGAUCAGAUGUGAGCACUACCCACUAUUCUAGAAGCUGUUCCCCUGCCCCGUCCAGAAUACAAACAUUUGUAAAAUAAAAAGACCUGGACGUUCAGAGCCCCCUUUCCCUUCCAUUAAUAUGUUCCUUUCCUUCUCACAACAAUCCCUAGGAAGAUAAUAGCUAACAUUUAACCAGCGCUUCUAGGAGACACCGUUUCAAGCGCUAAGCAGCUGAUAGGCAUGAUCUCUAAUUUUAAAUUUCAGAAGCACGGUAGUAGGGGUUAAUGUCUCUAUUUAACAGAUGAAGAAACUGAGGCUCAGCAGCUCAGUGGCUUAUUCACACUCAGGCCGAGCCAGCGUUGUAGCCCCGACGCCCUCAAUCUUCCGCCGAGCCACGCUGGCCGUUCCACAGAUGGGGGAAACUGAGGUCGGGGACAGGACGCCAGCGUGCCUGCAGGAUCUCCGCCAUCGAGUGGGGCGCGGAACGCACGCCCGCCCGUCCGGGUCCUGGGUCCCGGCUGCGUCUGCGGUGCGGAAGGAGAAGGGCGACCAGCGAAGGCCUCUUCCCCUCCUGCAGCCAUGCAGGGCACCACGAGAAGAACGGGUGUCAUGACUGACGUCCACCGACGGUUCCUCCAGUUGCUGAUGACUCACGGUGUGCUGGAGGAAUGGGAUGUUAAACGCUUGCAGAAGCACUGCUAUCAGGUCCAUGACCGCAGUGCCACUGUAGAGAAGCUGGAGGACUUCAUCCACACUAUUAACAGUGUCUUGGGGUCCUUAUACAUCGAGAUAAAGAAAGGCGUGACAGAAGAUGAUGGGAGACCCAUUUAUGCACUGGUGAAUCUUGCUACAACCCCAAUUUCCAAAAUGGCCACGGAUUUUGCAGAGAAUGAGCUGGAUUUGUUUAGAAAGGCUUUGGAACUGAUCAUUGACUCAGAAACUGGCUUCGCAUCUUCCACAAACAUCUUGAACCUGGUUGAUCAACUUAAAGGCAAGAAGAUGCGGAAAAAGGAGGCCGAGCAGGUGCUGCAGAAGUUUGUACAGAACAAAUGGCUGAUUGAGAAGGAAGGCGAGUUCACCCUGCAUGGCCGCGCCAUCCUGGAGAUGGAGCAGCACAUCCGUGAGGUGCACCCUGACGCCGUGAAGACCUGCAGCAUCUGCCAUGGCCUCCUUGUCCAGGGUCAAAGCUGUGAGACCUGUGGCAUCAGGAUGCACUUACCUUGUGUGGCCAAGUACUUCCAGUCAAACCCGGAACCGCGCUGUCCCCACUGUAAUGACUACUGGCCCCACGAGAUACCAGAAGUCUUCGACCCUGAGAAGGACAGAGAGGCUGGUGGUUCUAGAUCUAACAGAAGGUCGUUGAGGGCCAGGCAGCACUAGGCAGUGGGCCUUUUGGAGGCUCCCUGCUUUUGUGGCCCGAUCCCUGAAGCCAUUUGGAUGAGGGGCAGUGGCCUUUCAUAUUACACAUGACCCUCCACAUUUGUUCUUCAUCUUUGCUGUUGGCACAUUUGGAAUAAAUCAAGAAGAGGCUGCUGUACUUCCGGCUGAGGUUUGUGCCUCUGGGAGGCCUGGCUCUUUCCUGUACUGAAAUGGUAACUCAGGCCCCUGGCUUAGGUUCCAGCAGGUGAAGUGAGCAGAGCCUCUCCUGCACAACAUGGGCAGCUCUCUGUCCUCACUCAGUUGGCUUUGCCUUCACUGCCCAGUUUUGGCCUAUCACCCCAUUGGGACUUGACCAGCCUCUAGCCUGGAGUUGUGAGCCUUGGUCUUGGUGCCUCCAGCUCCAGCUCCAGGUGCAUGAGGCCUAUGGACUGGGCUGGACUGAUGCUCUUCCCUGGGGUCCUUUUGUCCUCUCUUGGUGUCUGGAAGCACUGCCCACCAGCUGCUCCACCUGGGAGCCCGAAAGGCAGCCCAGAUGCGCCCCCCCCAUCUCCUCUCCCUAUCAGGUUGUCCCCAAUACCAGUUGUCCC